GGCGUGUGAGACCCAGAUUAGGUAUGUCCGACCAGAAAGUUCAGAACACGGGGAGACUGCGUCUGCUCUUUAGCUGCCAGAAUCUCUACUCGGCCCUGUAAAGUAAUCUCCAUGCGCCGUAUGUGAGUGGAUCCUUGCCACGCUCGCCUGCUCUGCUGUUUGAGGGGUUUUCAUCGAAGCGGAUGUACGCGUUUUGAAGCUCUUAUUUAUCUUUAUGGCACUAUGGCUUUGGCUCAGUGAGAAGAGAUCAAGGCAACAAUUAGCAUUUAUUUGUGCUGGAAUCAGAUUGUACAGCAGCACGAUCUCGUGUGGCGAGCAAAUGUUGACCUAAAGGAGGAAUUCCUAGGCUGAAUUUCCCUUCCAAAAACCUUUCUGCUGACGAUCUACCUCAACGGUUCUCGUUCUCGACUUCCCCGACUACCUCAGCCUGUACUGCGCUACGUCAGCCAUCAUCAGCGUCCUCCUGCUUCAGCAGCAGCUCUCUGGUGUCCGUCAGCCGUCCGUCGUGUUCCUAUGGUAGACUAGCCUGGCAUCAUCAGGUCCUGGUGAGGAGGGUGCCCCCCCUGAAGGAGUCAUGUUUCGCACCCGUUUGUGAUGUCCGAGCCCCACAACGGGCCAGGACCAGCGGAAGAACGAGGGAGGAUUCGUGGAGGUGUGCCCUGCUCUGUGAUUGGCUGUGAAGAGGAUGAGCAAGACAUGGGCCAAAUGGAAGCCGGUAUGAAGAACGAGAUGCUUCGACAGGAGGACAUGGAGGACGAUGAAAAUGAGUCGCCAUCCGAGCGGCAGAUCCUCGUGGGCAUAUGUGCAAUGAUGAAAAAGUCCAAGUCAAAGCCCAUGACAGAGAUCCUGGAGAGACUUUGUAAAUUUGACUACAUCGACGUCGUCAUCUUUCCCGAGGAGGUGAUUCUGGAGGAACCUGUGGAGAAAUGGCCGCUCUGCGACUGCCUCAUCUCCUUCCAUUCCAAAGGUUUUCCUCUUGAUAAAGCUGUGGAAUAUGUGAAGCUCAGGAAUCCAAUGCUCAUCAAUGAUCUCAACAUGCAGUAUUUCAUUCAAGACAGGAGGGAAGUGUAUCGGAUCCUUCAAGAAGAGGGCAUCGAUCUGCCUCGUUACGCCGUGUUAAACCGAGACCCUGACAAUCCUGAAGAGUGCAACCUGGUGGAGGGGGAGGACCAUGUCGAGGUUAGCGGGGAGGUGUUCCCUAAACCCUUUGUGGAGAAACCGGUGUGCGCAGAGGACCACAAUGUCUACAUCUACUACCCGACAUCUGCCGGAGGAGGCAGCCAGAGGCUCUUCAGAAAGAUCGGGAGUCGCAGCAGCGUGUACUCCCCAGAAAGCAAUGUGCGAAAAACUGGAUCCUACAUCUAUGAGGAGUUCAUGCCCACAGAUGGCACCGAUGUUAAGGUUUACACCGUGGGCCCGGACUACGCCCACGCCGAGGCCAGGAAGUCUCCGGCCCUCGACGGUAAGGUGGAGAGAGACAGCGAGGGCAAGGAGAUCCGUUACCCCGUCAUGCUGACCGCCAUGGAGAAACUGGUGGCUCGCAAGGUCUGCCUUGCCUUCAAGCAAACGGUGUGUGGGUUUGAUCUGCUGCGAGCCAACGGCCAUUCCUAUGUGUGCGACGUGAACGGCUUCAGCUUUGUGAAAAACUCCAUGAAGUACUACGAUGACUGUGCCAAAGUCCUGGGGAACAUGGUGAUGAGAGAGUUGGCCCCCCAGCUGCACAUCCCCUGGUCCAUCCCCAUGGAGGCUGAAGACAUCCCCAUCGUCCCGACAACCUCAGGAACCAUGAUGGAGCUGCGCUGUGUUAUUGCCAUCAUUCGUCAUGGAGACCGAACACCAAAGCAGAAGAUGAAGAUGGAGGUCCGCCACCCUCUCUUCUUUGAGUUGUUUAAGAAGUAUGGAGGAUACAAGACGGGCAAGCUAAAGCUCAAAAAGCCAAAACAGCUGCAGGAAGUGCUGGAUAUCGCCCGCCUGCUGCUGCUUGAACUUGGCCAGCACAACGACUGUGAGAUCGAGGAGAAGAAAUCCAAACUGGAGCAACUCAAGACGGUGCUGGAAAUGGAAUCCAGCUUGAAUGUGAAUCAGUAUGGUCACUUCUCUGGUAUCAACAGGAAGGUCCAGCUGACAUACCUCCGAAACGGCCAGCCUAAAGCGUCCAGCGAGGAAGAAGACUGUAAGAAGGACGGCCCGUCUCUGCUGCUGGUGCUGAAGUGGGGCGGCGAGCUGACGCCUGCUGGCCGGGUCCAGGCCGAGGAGCUGGGCCGGGCCUUCCGCUGCAUGUACCCUGGAGGUCAAGGUGACUUUGCUGGGUUUCCUGGCUGCGGCUUGCUGCGCCUGCACAGCACUUACCGCCACGACCUGAAGAUUUAUGCCUCCGAUGAAGGCAGGGUCCAGAUGACAGCUGCAGCUUUUGCCAAGGGCCUGCUGGCUCUGGAGGGAGAGCUGACACCAAUCCUGGUUCAGAUGGUAAAGAGCGCCAACAUGAAUGGACUCCUGGACAGCGACAGUGAUUCUCUGACUGACUGCCAGCAGAAGGUCAAGGCCCGGUUACACGAGAUCAUGCAGAAGGACCAAGACUUCACUCAAGACGACUAUCAGAAGUUGGCUCCGACUGGCAGUCCGUCGCUGGUUAACUCAAUGAAGGUCAUAGAGAAUCCAGUCAAAACCUGUGACAAGGUUUAUGCGCUCAUUCAGAGCCUCACCUCGCAGAUUCGAAAGAGACUGGAGGACCCCAAGUCUGCAGAUUUACAGCUGUACCACAGUGAGACGUUGGAGCUGAUGCUGCAGCGCUGGUCCAAACUGGAGAGAGACUUCCGCACCAAGAACGGACGCUACGACAUCAGCAAGAUCCCCGACAUCUACGACUGCAUCAAAUACGACUCGCAGCACAACGCCUCUGUUGGCCUGGAGGACACCUUGGAGCUCUUCAGACUGUCCCGUGCCCUAGCUGACAUCGUCAUCCCGCAGGAGUACGGCAUCAGUAAAGCGGAGAAGCUGGACAUCGCUCAGGCGUACUGUGUUCCUCUUAUGAAGAAAAUCUACCUGGACCUGCAGAGGACCCAUGAGGAUGAGGCUGUCAACAAGCUGCACCCUCUGUACUCUCGGGGGGUGAUGUCUCCUGGUCGUCACGUUCGCACACGACUCUACUUUACAAGCGAGAGCCACGUCCACUCCCUGCUCAGCAUGUUCCGCUACGGAGGACUCCUGGAUUCCCUUGCAAAAGAGGUGAAGGACCAGCAGUGGAAGCAGGCGAUGGACUAUCUGAGCGCUGUGACUGAACUCAACUACAUGACGCAGAUCGUCAUCAUGCUGUACGAAGACAACAACAAGGACCCCUCGUCAGAGGAGCGUUUCCACGUGGAGCUCCACUUCAGUCCAGGAGUCAAAGGCUGCGAAGAUGAGGAGAAUGUUCCCCUGGGCUUUGGUUUCCGCCCGGCCUCGUCCGAGAACGAAGACAAAAAACCCAACCAGGGAAGCUUGGAGGAUCUUUCUCAGGAUCAGACAGAUGAUGCACUUCCUGUCACAGAACUCAUUAACCUGCAGAGAAGGUCCCCGAUGAUCCGCAAUCGCAAGACGGGCUCCAUGGAGGUCCUCUCUGAGACCUCGCCCAACCACUCCUCCAAAGCCUGCACAUCCUAUCGACUCUUCCAGUCGUGCUCGCGCCAGUCUCCUGAGAUCAAACCAGCUGGUGGCCUAGGCUCACUCUGCUCUGGCCUCUUCAGUGCCUCAGCCCUCGGGGUGUCCUCUAGCGCCCCCAACUUGCGGGAUUACGUCCGCACCCACCACCACCGAAAACCACCUCUGUCCCCCGGCAGUCUGCCGUGCAAGAUUGGCAUGUUUGAACUGCUUUCUAUGCCGGCAGUAAAGAGAUUUUCUGUGUCGUUUGCCAGGCAUCCGACCAACGAGCCCUCAGAUGAACUCGCUGAGCUGGCGCUGCAAGGGUUUGACCCCGUUGCCCUGGAUAGGUCCUUCUCCUAUCACCUGCACCACUGCCCCUACCACCUCCACCUCCUCAGGACCCAGCUGAUGUGUGCUCAGGAGCUCUCAGAGUGUCUCCACGGAUUUGAAGGCUGCUCCAUGGUGCCCUCUAUCUACCCACUGGAGACGCUGCACAACUCUCUCUCCCUGAAGCAGGUGGAGGAGUUUCUCAGCAAGGUGUGCGAGAGCAGCGCAGAGGCCCAGGCCAAAACCAUGGCAGGUUUGUUUGACUCUCAGAGUCAGACGUCUCUGUACAGCCCUCAGCCGCCUCUGUCCUCCUCUGGAUCAGAGGCGUCUCUCCGACCAUCGGGACAGCCGCUGUGGCAUGGCAGCAUCCCGUCCAGCGCCGUGUCCAGUGCGGGCCCCUCGUCCCCGACCACAGACAGCUCGGGGAUCGGCCUGAACUUCAGCUUCAGCGAGUAGGACCGCCUCUCUCUGAGGGGCCACAAGGCAACGGCGGCUCUUCUGAGACCAUGUGAAGGACAUCGCUGCGUUCGCCGCCUCACAUUUACCCUUCUGUAGGAGAGUCUGACUGUGGAGAGAAGACCACGCCCUGCCUCCAGUAAAAUGGACUCAUCUCACUGCACCUUCUCUGCUGCACAAGGAGACACAAACAGGCUGGUUUUGUGCUGACUACGCUGGAAGACGUCCUGCGCGCAUCAGAGCAGCUUUCAGACCCCGUGCCUUUCAGUCCCGCCGCAUCAAGUGCCUGCUUACCUCUUUUUCUGCUUUUUUUUUUUCACUCCAAAUUUACCCAUCGUGUUAUUUCAAGCUAAAAUGCUUUCAAACCUUUUUUUGUUAUUCUGUCUGUACCGUCAGUAAAGAGUUUCCCCAGAGACUGGAUGUUGAGGGAACCUCCUGCUGUUCAGCUUUCCCCGGUACAGAGACCAGAACCACAGACGAUGAACCUGCAGUUUACACAUAGUUUGUGCUAAAGUGGCGUUGCUCCACAUGAACGUUGUUCUGUCAACACAUCAAUGUGUCACAUUGGCCUCUUUGCAGUUGUUCUGACUUUCCUGACUUUACAAUCCAGCUGAACAGUUGCUGCCCGCCUCCACUUCCUGAGCCAGAAUGAGCCCAUUUGCUGCCGGAGUUUCAACCUGUGUUCUGACAUUAUGGCCAACCUUUCCCUCUUAAUCAUCCCUUAAAUUUUAUUUCUUUUCAAUGAAGGUGGAAAACAUAACCAGGUUUGUGUCUCAAAGCUUUAGACUGAAAGCCAAUCUGAGGUUAUUGUGUAAACAUCCAGCAGCAUUCAGCCCCCAUUGAAAGGCUGCUGGUAAUUAUUUUCUCCUGAUCCAAUCCGACAAAUGUUUUUCGUUCUGUGUGUGGUUAGCAGUUUCUUCAUAUCGACCAAAGAGGCGUCAGUUUUCAGAGGUUUUGUUGUUUUCAGACGCAGGUUUCCUCUGUAAUAAUCAUGCCAGGCUGAUCAAUCUGUGUUUAUCUGCUGUUUAACGGAAGCAAGUUUAUGUAAUUGUGCCUUUUAAAAGACUUGAGAUUCAUUAACAGAACGCGUUUGUUGGUCAGAAAACGGUGUCGUGUUGGAGCUGAAGGAGGAAACCACUAGAUUAGGAAAAUAUUAAAAUUAGGAUUAGCUUUUUUGCUGUAAAGCUGCCUUUAUCUGCUGUCCUGCCAAAUCAAAACAACAUUUUUAUGACUUUAAACAUUUUACAUUGCUGGUUUCUAAUCACGCUCAGGUAAAGAAGCAAUCCAAAUAAGUUUCUCAGCAUUUUGCUGGACUGGGGGUCAGUUCAGAUUCAGUUAUUUUCCGCUGGUAAAGAUUUAAGUCAGGAUCUUAUAUCUUACUGAGUUUUUUGUCUGGUCGUCUAACAGGAAGUAGAGCUGCAGAGCUGCAGCGAAGCGGUAAUCCUUGUCAGGUGAAACCCAGUUCUAUGGGGUCUUAGAAGUUAUAUCAGGUCAGCAUAAAUAAAAUGUGUAUUGUAGACAUAACCAGCGCUCCUCCUCCCCAACCUGUUGCUGCACACUGCACAUCAGCUGGCCGAAAGAAGGGUUUUCUCUGCCGUAUGAGGUACAGUAGUUCUACCGCUUUCCCUGUUCGCCUUUCCCUAGUCUGUGUAUCAGAAUAACAUUUUAGAAAUUAAAAUCUAAUAAUCUGUAUGUUGCAUAAUUUUAGCCUCAGUAGAAACAAGUGUGGCUUUUACAUGAAAGCAAUAAGAUGAGCAUUUUGGUUUGCAAUUUAUGUGCCUUUAUUGUCAGGAUUAUACUGUUAGAACGGGUUGCGGGCCCCUGCCUAGCAGAAGGGGCCUGUCCAAUAAACCGGUCAGGUCCAGCUCCUUCGGUCACCUUAUAAACGGGAGCAGCAGGUCAGCCGUUUUCUAAUCAGCCGUCUCUGUACCCUGCUGGUUAGACGUGUAAGGGUUUGCUGGAGAACGGUAGUUUGACACUGACGUGUCAAACCUGCGCACACAGGAGGGCAAAAGUGUUGCCUAAAUAGAAAAGGAGUAAAAUAGCUUACUUUAAUCUCUAGUUUUGCACUUUUGCGUCCUAGUGAAUGAAGACGGCUUCGGUUUUACUCGGACCAGUCUUCGUUUGCAGGUGAGCUGGGCUGCAUCCCGCUCACCUACAAAGCUUUAGGUUAGAAGAACCGUCCCUGUUUGUCUGGACUGAAAAUGAACUGACCCCCUCCCCCUUCCAAAAAAAAAAAUAAAAAAUAAGAAAAAUCUGCUGUAGAGUGAGAUUAUUUUUUUAAUCAUGACGUGCUUUAAAUUUGUGUUAAUUUUUGCCUAUUUGUGAGUUUUAUUGUCAGGUAGCUCAGUUAUGUUGGCCAAAGAUCCGUGUGUGUCUAGGUGUGAUCUGCUUCAGAGAAGCAGGGUGACGCUGUAUAAAUCGCUAAAUCUGUCCCAAAAUGUUGCGGUCUGAUUGUGAUGGAGCGAGGAAAUAAUGUUGAUAAUAAAUAUGUCAAUCAAACAGUAAA